AGAAAAGACUCCCUUAUCAGCAGAGUUUACUCGAGCGAAAACAGUAUGGAGCGAACUCUGGAGUAGCUAUAUCAAGGAUACAGGUGCCCAGUCUGCAACAAUGGUUCAACACGAUGUUUUACAACAAACCUCAAUGACAAGAACUUUACUGAUAGGUGUGGAUGUUGGAGGAACAAACACAGACUCUGUGCUUGUUGAUCCGCACAGAGUCAACGAAGCUAAUAAAGGAGUGAUCAGCUGGAACAAGUCGGUUACAACAAAUGAUGUAUCAGAUGGUAUAUCAAAUGGUGUAUCAAAGUUGAUGGAAGAUGCAAUCGGUAUCGAUAAGAAUGAUAUUACAUCAGUGACAAUUGGUACAACCCAUUUCAUAAAUGCAGUUAUUGAGCAAGAUGCUUCACGCUUGGAGAAAGUCGCCAUUCUCAGACUCUGUGGUCCUUAUUCUCGUGAGAUUCCUCCUUUUUCAAGCUUUCCAAACGGCUUAAGAAGCAUAAUGGAAGGAUAUGUCGGUUACUUGAAUGGAGGAUUCCAUGUCGACGGUAAAAGCAUUCAACCUGUUGAUGAGAAUGAGGUGAUGAAACACGUUGAUGAAAUCAAAGGUAAGAAUAUUUCCUCAAUUGUCAUCAAUGGGAUUUUCUCUUCGCUCAACCCUGAACAAGAGAUACAAGUGAAGGAGAUGAUUCUCAAGGUAUAUCCAUGUGCCAAGGUUGUUAUGUCCCACGAAGUUUCUGGUGUUGGAUAUAUAGAAAGGGAAAAUGCAUCCAUUUUGAAUGCUUCGAUCUUGUCAUUCUCUGAAAGAAUAAUAGGGUCGAUUGUGGAUGCCAUUGAGAACAGGAUGGGAUUUCAUUGUCCUGUAUUUCUUACCCAAAAUGACGGAACUGUCCUGUCAGCUCAUGAAUGCUUGAAGUUUCCAAUAAGAACUUUUUCCUCUGGAACAACAAAUUCUAUGAGAGGUGCUUCGUUUCUUGGUAAUGUUAUUGGUAAACAAGCCAUUGUUGUCGAUGUUGGUGGAACUACUGCAGACGUGGGAUUGUUGCUUCCAACUGGAUUUCCCAGAGAGUCAUCUUCUUAUUGCAACAUUGGUUCUGUCCGGUUAAACUUUGGCAUGCCCCAUGUUGAAAGCAUUGGACUUGGAGGCGGCUCCUUGGUUCGUGAAGUCAACGGUGACAUCUUAGUGGGCCCUGAGUCUGUUGGAUCCCAAAUUUUGACCAGGGCAUUGAUAUUCGAAGGUAACGAGGUCACAGCGUCUGACGUUGCAGUUGCAGCAGAUAGCAACUUGACCAUUGGCGAUUCUUCCAAAGUCAAAAAUCGUUUCUCUGAAGAGUUCAUCGCAAAGUUCCAAGAGCGUGUUAAGCUGAUGCUUGAAAUCGUUGUUGAUAAGAUGAAGACGUCGCCAGAAGAUGUCACUGUGAUUGCUGUUGGUGGAGGUUCAUUUAUAAUCCCAGAGAACUUGAAUGGUGCUUCCAAAGUCAUUAGACCAGAGUUCUAUGGAGUUGCAAACGCUAUUGGUGCAGCUUUGGGAAAAAUCUCUUCAGAGGUUCACGUCAUUAGACAGCUUAAUGGAGAACCAAAAGAAGAGAUUUUAGAGCAGUUGAAGCAGGAGGCUAUCGAAAAGGCACAUGAGAAGGGUGCACUUGUAUCAUCAACGAAAAUAGCCUAUAUUUCCAGUGAACCAAUUCCAUAUUGUGAUGGGGCUUACGAGUUUAUGGUCAAAACCAUCUCAGAUAUUGACUACGACGUUAUCAAACAGAAGUUCAGUCGCUCUUUGAAUAUAAGAUCUGAAGCAAGAUCUGGGAUCUUCAAAGAUUCACAUGUUCAAGAGCAAGCUGAAGUUGAUCUUGAUGCCUUUGAUUAUCUGAGUUACAAGCCCGUCAUAAAUAGCGAAAGGCAAUGGAUCUUGAGUGAGAUUGAUUUAGAACUUCUCAGAAUCGGUACUUAUAUCCUUGGCUGCGGUGGAGGUGGAGAUCCAUUUCCUGAAUUCUUGUCAACCAGAAAUCUUUUGAGGAAAGGCGAAACUAUCUGUGUGGUUGAUACAAAAGAUAUCGCUAAAUACACCAAAGGUACUGGUAGCAUUGGAUCUCUAUGCAGUGCUGGAUCUCCAACAGUCUCUAAUGAACAACUGAAAGGACCUGGGAUGGUUAAAUGUGUUGAAGUCAUGAAGAAGUUCACAGGCAAGUCCAUUGAUUUGGUCUUCCCUGUUGAAAUUGGUGGUGGAAAUGGAAUGUCUGUCUUUCGUGUUGCAACAUCUUCUCAACUAAAUGUUCCUGUGAUCGAUUGUGAUCUCAUGGGAAGGGCAUACCCAACCCAUUGGCAAACCAUACCUGUUGUGAAUUCUGAGGAUGGCAAACCGUGCUAUCCUCCGCUGGUUGCAAGCAACGGUAACGGGAAUACCAUCAUUGUUGCUGAAACAAAGAGUGAUUACUUACUCGAGAAGGUCCUGAGAGCGUCUUUGUCAGAAAUUGGGUGUACUGUUGAUCUUAUCAACCCACCAAUGGAUGAGAAGACCACCACACUUAACACCAUCCAUGGGUCUUUAUCCUUGGCCUGGAGAAUUGGAAGAGCCGUGAGAAUUGCCAGACAAAGAUCUGAAAUCUAUAAAAUGCCACAACGGAUCUUAGAGGCCUUUGGCAAUAGUGGUAAACUAUUGUUUGAAGGAAAAAUCGUCGGUGUUGAAAGAAGGCUCCAUAAAGGUCAUGUUUGGGGUGAUGUUCUUAUCGAAUCUUUAGACAAAACACAUGUCAUGACGAUUCCAUUCAAAAAUGAGAACAUCUAUGCAAAGAUUGAUGACAAAGUUGUAUGUUCUGUUCCCGACCUGAUAUCGAUCAUUGACUCAAACACUGGUGAAGCUGUUGGUACACCGGAUUAUAGGUAUGGGUUAUUUGUAUUUGUUCUAGGUAUUGCGCCUAGUGAUAAAUGGACAUCAACCACGAAGGCCAUUGAGAUUGGUGGUCCCAAGGGCUUUGAUCUGGAGGAUGUUGACUACAAGCCUAUCUCAGAGUAUAAGCCCCCAUUAACUGUCUUUGAUGAAUUCUUCUCAGACUGAAA